UCUCUCUCUCUUUCUCUUGCAGUAGGCGUGGUUCUUCACGCAUGCCAGUGUUUGUAGGUAAGCGGACAGACUUGAUCAGCACUGCAUUCUCCGCGGUUUAGGUUUAGCAGCAGCGUGAGCCAUGUCUUUCUUCUUCAAAGGAGCGGUUACAAGUUCUCCGGUUAAGACCAGGAGGCAGGAGGCUGAAUAUAUUUGUCACAGUCUUGACGUUUCGCACUUUUCUGACUCCUCCUUUGAGUGUUUCUCCACCAAUCCGUUGACAGGCUCCGUGUGCGCAUGCCGCCGAAGCCCCCGCCUACUAGCCAAUGGUUAUUACGUUAUAACAGAGGACAGUUUUACCACAGAUGACGAGGGUAAUGUCACCCUGACUCCCUCACACACCAGCGUCUCAUACAAAGAGAAUCUUGUACGUAUAUUCAGACGAAAGCGUCGAGCCAAAAGAUCACUGGCCAGUCUUCUUAGUGAUGUGAGUCAAUCAUGCCAAUCCUGGCUGGAAGAAAGAGUAUUUAGAAGAUCUGUCCCCAUCACCCCACUCCAGACACCCUCAUGGGAAGAGUUGGACAACAGCUAUGAGACAAACACACCCAUCAGCUUCACCUAUGAUCCCACAGAUCCUGUUUCCCCCCCUGAUAAAGUGCCUCAGACUCAGCUAGAAGAGGAGGAGCCUCCAUGUGAGUCAUACUCCGCCUAUGAACAAUUCAACCAAUCAGUGAGUGGCCUCCUGGAUGUUCCUCCCCCAUCCAUGUGUCAGCUCAAUAGUUAUAGCUCAUCCAGCAAGACAUCAGAAACUGUGCUUAUGAAAGUCCUUCUCCUCAUCCUUACAUUGUGCCUCUGCAUUGCCAUCUCCUCCGGGUGGCUGCUGGGAGGUGUUUCUGCAGCAGUGGCUUUCAUGGUUCUGCUUUCAUCUAUAUGUAUGUCUAAACCUGGAACCGCAGUGCGCUGGAGGAGAGCAAAGACUGAGGACAUCACCUCCAGAAACGAGUGAGGAGGAACCACACACACACACACUUACACACAUCUGUGUGAAGUCUGUCCAGAGGAGGCCAGAGGAAGUCAGUUUGUGGACACACAUCCUGCAUCAGCAUUAAAUAUUAGUAAUAGAUCAGUUCUUGUAGUGGUGUUUCCACUGAUCAGCUAAAGAGUUCUGAAUAUAACGAUUACUGAAGAGUUAUUGAACCAGACGGCAGAUGACUGUCACAGGAAAUUUUACAUGCUAAGAAAAGCAUACAUUUUUUUAAACAGAUGGACAUAUCAAUGCAGAAUGUAAAUGUUUAAGAAUUUGAUCAGUUCUCCUAAAUGAAAGACUGGAUUGCAUUAUGAGGGAUUCUGGGAGUCAGUGGAGAUGCCCUGCAUGACAGCGCAUAGAAGUGAAAUGUGUCAGUCGUGUUUGUAAAGGAAUCAGCUUGGCUUGGUUAGACUCUUCAACAUGGUGACCAGGGCAUUAUGGGUUAUUGCCCAGCUUGUUUAGUCAGAUUAUCAGAUUAUAAAAAAAUAAAGAUUACUGCAAACCCUAGCUUAAUAUAAUAAUAUCAUGGCUUUGCAGGAAAUCUUUAACUUUUGAGAAGUUGUAGCAAAAGAAAUGCCAGUUUAGCUUUGCACAGAUGCCUCAUAUUUGUCAAGUGCCUUUGUUAUAUGAAACAAGAGGAUUGUUAUUGCCAUUUGCAAGGGUUAAAGUCACACAUCCAUGCUGUGUGAUUUAAGAGGGCUGACAUUUUAAGCACAGAGUGCUGCUAAAAGAAGCGCAAUAAUUCAAUUUAUUAUAAAAACCUUGAACUAAAAAUAGCAUUUAAAGCUCUUGUUUCACAAGGACUUAAGACAAUUAAACCUUGUUUGCAGAGAAUUAGUGCUGCUAAAGAACAUGUACUCGAUAUACUGUAUAAUAGGUAUAUAAUUUUGUCACAAGGCAACUGCUCUCAGAAAAAGUUAAGCUUAAAUGUAAGUAGAAAAGCAGUGUCUGUACUCUGUACAACCAAAAUGAAUGAAUUUAUAUCCUCUAAAGAGAAUUUCUAGUUUUCUGAUAUUUUUAUUAGGAUGAUGAAAACUUUUCUACAAAGAUUCAAAGUUUGUAGACAGUGGAUUUUUCUUCAAGGCAGCUCUGUUUUGAAGAGAACAACGACAUUCAUGAGGAAACAAAAGCAAAGCAAGGAUAACAUGAAGUGUUUCAAAUAGUGGCAUCUCAGUUUUAGAGGUUUAUAACUAGAAAUCUGAACACAAACAUGUUUGAGACCAAGCCAAGGUGAACGAGUGAAUUAUUAAAAUGCAUUUAUCUUAGCAAAUAGCUAUCUAAUGUGUUUAUAUGAACCGUAUUUUGUACUUUGGUGUUUACUGUAAAUGUUUUUGUAGAGCCCAUGAGCACUGAAACAAGAAUGAAUAAUGCUCUAUAAAAUAGUCAGUAUUUACUGUAAAAUGUUUUGUAGAAUAUGUAUCAUUAUUUGUGGGCAAGCACAGAAAUUUUAAAGGAGAGGAAGCUGAAUGGAUUUAAGCUGUUUCUUGCAAAACCGUAGUAUUAAAGGGCUGAUGACGCCACCUAUUGGUUAAGUUAAUUAUAAGUAAUUCUAAGUUAUGUAUUAUUCCACUGCAUGUGAAAGUUAUAUGUGAGAUGUGGUUCAUGUAUAUACACUGUUAAAUAUAAUCUUAAAAGGAAGUGCAUUUAUGUAAUUUGCACAAACAUCAUUUGAGGGUAAGAAAGUAAUACUUGAGUGAUAGACUUUAAAACAAAUGUGUAUUUUAAGGUUAUUAGUUUUACAGUGUAUUUUGAAGAAAGAAAAUGUAUAAAUUGUCCAUUUUCACCAAUAAAGCAUUAUAUAUAAUA